UGCGCAGCCGCACUGACGUAGGCGGAGGGGGAAGACGCGUUGGUCGGAGGGAAGGUUCUAGAAAAGCGGCAGCCGCGCGAGCGCCAGCAGCAGUCGCAGCAGCCGCCGCCGCCGGAGCCGCCGCCUCCUCUGUCUGCUCCUCUCGCUCUUCGCUUUCGCCGCCCUCAUCCUCGCUCUCCGCCUCGGAUCCUGCGCCCAGCGGCCGGCGGCGGUGUGGUUUCUCGGGCCGCGGCACGGCAGCCCCCCUCCGGCGCCAGGACGAGUCCGGUUCGCGCCCGUCCGCGGAGAUCCCUCUCAUCUCGCUCGGCUGCGGGGCCCCGGCCUGAGGCGACCGACGCCGCCAUGGAGAGAGAAAAGGAACAGUUCCGCAAACUGUUUAUUGGAGGCCUGAGCUUUGAAACCACAGAAGAGAGUUUGAGAAACUACUACGAACAAUGGGGGAAGCUCACAGACUGUGUGGUAAUGAGGGAUCCUGCCAGCAAAAGAUCAAGGGGAUUCGGUUUUGUAACAUUUUCAUCUAUGGCUGAAGUGGAUGCAGCCAUGUCUGCCAGACCCCAUUCAAUCGAUGGAAGAGUGGUUGAGCCCAAAAGAGCAGUAGCCAGAGAGGAAUCUGGGAAACCUGGUGCUCAUGUUACUGUGAAGAAACUGUUUGUUGGUGGAAUUAAAGAAGACACUGAGGAACAUCACCUUAGAGAUUACUUUGAGGAAUAUGGGAAAAUUGAUACCAUUGAAAUAAUUACAGAUAGACAGUCUGGUAAAAAAAGGGGCUUUGGUUUUGUUACAUUUGAUGACCAUGAUCCUGUGGAUAAAAUUGUAUUGCAAAAAUACCACACCAUCAAUGGCCAUAAUGCAGAAGUAAGAAAAGCUUUGUCUAGACAAGAGAUGCAGGAAGUUCAGAGCUCUAGAAGCGGAAGAGGAGGAAACUUUGGUUUUGGGGAUUCUCGUGGUGGUGGUGGAAAUUUUGGACCAGGCCCAGGAAGCAAUUUUAGAGGAGGAUCUGACGGAUAUGGAAGUGGCCGGGGCUUUGGAGAUGGUUACAACGGAUACGGAGGAGGUCCAGGAGGUGGCAAUUUUGGAGGUAGUCCUGGUUAUGGAGGAGGAAGAGGAGGAUAUGGUGGUGGAGGACCUGGCUAUGGCAACCAGGGUGGGGGCUACGGAGGUGGUUAUGACAACUAUGGAGGAGGCAAUUACGGAAGUGGGAACUACAAUGACUUUGGAAACUAUAAUCAACAACCUUCAAACUAUGGUCCAAUGAAGAGCGGAAACUUCGGUGGUAGCAGGAACAUGGGGGGACCAUAUGGUGGAGGAAACUAUGGUCCAGGAGGAAGUGGGGGAAGUGGAGGUUAUGGAGGGAGGAGCCGAUAUUGAGCUUUUCUGCCUGUUUGCCAUGGGUAAGUGGAUUUUUGUUUGAGACUAUUAAAGUUGCUAUUUCUCUUGGGAGACCUAGCUGCAGGAGUAAAAGCUUUUUAGGCUCAUGUUAUCUUUCCUUUAAAAACUGGUUAGAUGGAUAAUUUCAUAACCUAUUUUUUUUUUACUCUUUACUUCUGUUGAAACAGGCUUCACUGUAUAAAUAGGAGAGGAUGAGAGCCCAGAGGUAACAGAACAGCUUCAGGUUAUCGAAAUAACAAUGUUAAGGAAACUCUUAUCUCAGUCAUGCAUAAAUAUGCAGUGAUAUGGCAGAAGACACCAGAGCAGAUGCAGAGAGCCAUUUUGUGAAUGGAUUGGAUUAUUUAAUAACAUUACCUUACUGUGGAGGAAGGAUUGUAAAAAACACAAAAAACACAAAAAAAUGCCUUUGAGACAGUUUCUUAGCUUUUUAAUUGUUGUUUCUUUCUAGUGGUCUUUGUAAGAGUGUAGAAGCAUUCCUUCUUUGAUAAUGUUAAAUUUGUAAGUUUCAGGUGACAUGUGAAACCUUCUUUUUUAAGAUUUUUCUCAAAGUUUUGAAAAGCUAUUAGCCAGGAUCAUGGUGUAAUAAGACAUAACGUUUUCCUUUAAAAAAUUUAAGUGCGUGUGUAGAGUUAAGAAGCUGUUGUACAUUUAUGAUUUAAUAAAAUAAUUCUAAAGGAAA